UUGGCGCUCUUCGUUCAGGACCGGGCUGGCGCGUUUUUGAAAGAGCAAGAGAAGUCAAGAAACAUGUAUUUUGUAUUUCUACUCAGACGAACAAUUCGGGAAAUAUCAGUUUAACGGUUUCCACUUCGCGUUCACACACCUGUGGCGGACAUGUUGGGAAUGUACGGAGCACUUCUGGGACUUGUGAGGAGCGAAGCUGCGACGAGAGUAGCAUCUACCGACGUCUGCUAGCUUGUUGUUUUACGGUGAAAUUUAUAUGUGUGGUGGCAACACACAGAGCUGUCUGCCUCACACAAUGAACUUUGCCUCUGUUGUUCACUCACAAACACGGGGAAGUGAAUAAGAAACGGAAAGAAGACGGUCUAAGAAGUUGCAGCAAGUUACCGGGUCGGUUUUAUCGGUCACUUCACAUUAUGGCUGGUGUUGUGGCUAUGGCAUCUAUCAUUGAGGACUUUGACACCCAGCCUUGCAAGAAAUCUCGCAAAGAUGGUGGCAGUCCUGUUGUCAAGACAAUCACAAACUACUUCUCUCCUGUGCCCAAGCCUGCGGAGAAACCCUUUUCACCUCCUCGCUCCAACAACAUCAUGGACUACUUCAGCCGUAAGGCUCCGUCCUCUAAAGAAAAGACCAGCUCACCUGAGCAGUCAAAAGAGAACUGUCAGAUGUCUCCACCUGCAGAAAAACACACCAGACCAGAGGCAGCAGUGAAACAGCCAUCUCAGAGACGGAGAAGAAAAGCCAGCAAAGCUGCAAGAAAACUUGUGGAAGCUGAGGCGGUUAGCUCCACAGAUGAGGCGAGCUGCAUUAUUGUAGAGGAACCAGCAGAAGCAGUCAGCAGCUGUGGUGUUUUUGGCAGUGAUACAGCAGCACUGAUGGCCCAGUUUAGUGCUGAGGCUUCUACCGGAGAAUCAGAAAGGAAUAAAGAAGAAGAAGAAGAUGAAGAUGUCAAACUUCAUCCAGAACUUAACAGCAUUGAAUUAUCUCCAAUUGUACCAUCAAAAGAUAAAGUCAAACCCACUGCACGAAACUCUAAGAAGGCAAAGCAUUCAGAAGCAGAGGAGAAAGAAAAAGAGAGCUCCUUGUGUGAUGUUAGUAUGGAGGUCAACGUGGAUGAGGCCUCUCAGUUAAACAGCACGGUCACAAUCUCCUUUGAGGAUUUUGUGCGGAGUCAGAGCCAGGACGGGGGUGAAGAGGACAUGGAAGAUGAACAGGGCAAAGACGAUGAAAGUAAAAUCACAACAGAGGCAGAAGCAAUGGACACUGACCAGUUGGACAUCCCUAAAGCUGAAGAACAUGUGGGUUCUGCGGAGCCACCUUUUCAAGUCUCACCCCGAACCGUCACCAUCCAGGCUGAAGUACAUGCAGUCUCACCCAAACAGGAAGCCAACAAGGCAGGGCCAAAGGUAGCUUCCAUCUUCAACAGGAAAAAAGGGGCAACGAGCCCUGCAGAGGUUGUAACGUCUCCUCACACAGAGGCCGGACACCAGCCCCCUUCUACCUCUCUGACUGUCAAGCGUAAAUCCAAUGUGGUUCUUCAAGAGGAAGAUCUAGAGCUGGCUGUGCUUGAGAGUGAAUCCAUGCCCAAGUGCAGUGAGGCAGAGAGGAAGCAGUUCAUGGCUGCCUUCAAACAGCCCGGUCUGGAUGUGUCCAAAACCAAGCCUGGUAAGGUCCAGGGCAAACAGAAGCAACCAGGAGAGAAGGCUUUGGACGAUGCGGACAAAGUUGCAGAAGAAGACGCCGUAACUCCAGCCUCUGUGGAGCAAGUCCCUGCUGCUUCUCGGGAAUACAAAGUAGCUAAGAAGAAGCCAGCAAGAAAAGGCAGGAAGAAGGCAGUAGAAGAGAAGGAGGCAGUCACCACCCCACCUGGUGCUCCUGCUCCUGCUCCUGCUCCUGCGGAAGACACAGUGACCACAGUUAUUGAGACUGUCGAUAAAGAAGAGGAGCCUCCCAUCACCUCAACUCCCUCCAUCCCAGCAGUAAGGAGGUCCAGAAGAGAGGCUGUAGUCAGGCAGUCACCGGAGACCACCACAACAACUCCAAUCAGAAAAACCAGGAAACACAAUGAGUCGAAGGAUGCUGCUGCUGCUGCUGCUGCUGCCGCCGAUAACGCCGAUAACAGCCCUACAAAGAUGUCCACCCCAAAGACACGCAAGUCCAAACGUGGCGUCUUCGUAGCAGAGAUGGUGUGCCCACCUGACUCAAAAGAAAGUCCAAUCAGGAUUAAAUUUACUAGAGUCCAUAGAAACGCGACCAAGGCUGAAAGUGGCAUAAACACUUCUUUGACUCCUAAAACAUCAGCUGACUCUAAAACACAGAGGCAGGCGAAGAAGUUGGUGGAGAAGGCCAAGGUCAUUCAGCAGAGUAAAAAAACUGCUGUCAAGGAGAAGGGCACCUUAAGGCGUUCAUCACGAACUGAGGCCUCCUCCAGGAAGAGCUACUGUGAAGAUGAGGAUUCUGUCAUCUGCCUGGAGGAUGCCCAGAGUACCACUCCCCAGACAGCAGGAAAGACUAAAACCCAGAAACCUUUACGCAGUCUGAAUGAAGUUCUGGGUAAAGCCCCAUCUGGUGGCAAAGAGGCCAAGGCUGUCCCAGGCUCCAAAGCGACCACACUGGGCCAAGAGAAGACUGCUCGGAAGGUGUCUGCAGUGAUUUCCAUCUUUGAUGACAGCAGCAGAGAGGGCUCUGAGAACUCCCAGGAUGAUGAGCAGUUCAGGGCGCGCAGAGAGUUCUUGAAGAGCGGCCUGCCUGAGUCCUUCAGGAAACAGAUAGCCAAGACUGCUGCCACCAAGGAGGCCUACUCUCUCUCCUGUUCCUCCUUUCAACCUGUUAUUCACAUAAACCAAGCACCAAAUGAUUGUCCUCUUUGGGGUCUGUUGUGGCCUGAGUCUUCAUUACUGUCUCAUAUGAAAGAGCUUUGGAGUCAAACAUCCAUCCUGACUCCAUCUGUUAGCGGCUCCCUUUGUGUGAAGACGCAACCAGCUCAUAGAGCCUUCUGUGAACGGGGUUCUGGCUGGAGGCCUGAGAUCUCUGAAAGUGUUCGUCAGCUUCUAACGGAGGAGGUCAGCACCUGUAACCCUCCCUUCCCUGUUCAGACGUUCCUCACUCGCUUCCUGAAGAGACGCGCCGACCACCAGCAGCAGUGCACAGCCUCAGAACCAGAGGCUGUAACCAGAGCCACAAGCUCCACGCUGCCUGCUGAACAAGUAGGAGGGAAGAGGAAGAGGACAGAUGAUGAGGGGGAAACAACAGUGAAGGUGGCGAAGAAGCAACGAGCCUGUGUAGAAGAGAAAGUUUCUGAGCCUGAGCCAACAAAAAGGGGAGGCCGUACGAGGCGAUCUCGGAGAUCAAAGCCAGAGGAGGAGGUGGACGACAAAGCCAAGCCUUCAGUCAAGACUAGUCCCAUCCCAUCUGAAGACGACUGUAUGAUUGUGACUGAUGAGCAGCUUUUGGGAGAGAACACUGGAAAUAAAGAUGUGGUGAAGGAGGACGUGCUAUGGACAGACAAAUAUCAGCCUCAGCACUCCAGUGACAUCCUAGGUAACACUGCCGCAGUGAGGAGGCUGCACAGCUGGCUGAAGGAAUGGAAACUACGCGCAGACCGAGAAGAGAGAAAGAAGCAGAAAGACAAGACACAAGAGGAAGGCAGCAAUGACUCAGACUGGGACUGCGGAGAAGAGGACACCCAGGAUGACGAGGACAUGUUAUGUAACACACUGCUUAUCACAGGACCCACUGGAGUGGGAAAGACUGCUGCAGUCUAUGCUUGCGCCCAGGAGCUCGGCUUCAAGGUAUUUGAGGUGAACGCUUCAUCUCAGCGGAGCGGCCGUCUCAUUCUGUCCCAGCUGAAGGAAGCCACUCAGUCACACCAGGUGGACAGUCAGGGGGUCAACGCCCACAAACCCACCUACUUCAACAGUUACGGCACAAGCAGCAGCGCUGGUGCUCUCAGGCCUGGAUCCUCUCCCAGAAAGGUUAACUCUCCUCGUAGGGUGGUGUCCUCUCCCAGGAAAAAUCCCCAGUCCCCAAGAGGUACAAAAAGAGGAGGCCUGGCUCCCACCUCUUUGGCUAACUUCUUCAAAAUGGGUCGACCCACCACCAAGGAGACGCCCAACACUAAGAAGAACGAACAACCAGCUGCUUCCAAGAAAGCCACAAAAGCAAAUGAAGGUGCCAGUAAGCAGAAGGACCCUGCAAUCAAAUCUCCAACAGCCACCACCCUUAAAGAGAAGAAUAGUGAGGAGCAGAGCAAGAAGACAGCCACCUCACUGAUCCUGUUUGAAGAAGUGGAUGUUAUUUUUGAUGAUGACUCAGGGUUUCUAGCUGCCAUCAAGACAUUUAUGACCACUACGAAGAGGCCAGUCAUCCUCACUACCAGCGAUCCUGCUUUCAGCGGCAUGUUUGAUGGCAACUUUGAAGAGAUCCAUUUCAGAACACCUUCAGUGAUGGAUGUGAGCAGCUUCCUGAGGGGGUUGUGUCUGACUGAGGAUGUGAGGACAGACCUGUCGGACAUCAGCUCUCUGCUCAGACUCAAUAGAUGUGACAUCAGACAGAGUAUACUGCAGCUGCAGUUCUGGACUCGCAGCGCGGGCGGCCACCACGUGACCAGGCCACUGACGCACACUGGCAAAGCUGAGACUGAUGAGGAGGCAGCUGCGUGUGCAGUGACGGACCCACCCACUCUCCCUCCCUGUGACACCGGCUGCACUGAGAGCAUGCUGGGCCUGCUGAAUGUUGAACCUAAGAGGGACAUUUGGGAGCUGCUCAGGAGCCAGAGUCCAUCGGAGGAGACACUACGCUGGGAGCUGCUAACAAACUGCAAGCGACGAGGAGUGGACCUGCUCUAUUCCAACAUGGAGACACUCUUACCUCUACCUCUCACACAGUUGACUACCUCUACCCACAAACCAGAGCAGUCUGUUUCUGCAUCACAAGACUAUCCUUCCGUUAAUCUGAAAGAGAUGCCAUCCCAUGCCAGGGUACUGCACACGUCAGAGUCAGCAGAUUGCUCAGAUGACGGCAGUCCAGUUAAAAUGUCAGACAGAAUGAGGAAGAACAAGAGGCGGCACGGUCUACCUGACCAGGAUGGACUGGACUCGGACUCAGAGGACAGUUUUCUAUCUCUCUGCAAGCCACAGAGCGCUCCUCAGGCAAAGGAGGAGGUCAAAGAGAGUUCAGUUUCACAGAGGGUGAAGAGAAAACCACUGACUCCAGAGGAGCGGGUAAAAAGUCUCCCAGUCUCCCAGUGUCUGGAAUCAAUAGCUGACUUUUUAGACAACAUGUCGUACAUGGACUCAGCCUUGCCCGUUCAUCUAGAAGGGGGUGACGGCCACAGAGGAAUGUCAAUAGCCAGUGCAGUGAUGAAAGACGGGAUGACAGAUGAAUCACGUCUUGAGACUGAGAGAGCGAGCUGGAUGAGAGGAGAACAUGUCUCUGAGAUCUCAGCUGCUGUGGAGGCUCUGAGCUUCCACAAGUGCUGUGUUUCUGUAGCGGAGGCAUGGGACAAAGCCCAGAAACUAGAGGGGGAGCUGGGAAAAGAGGCUGCGGCAGAACUCACCCUCCCUGUGGCCGCUCAUCGACAAAGUCACAGCAUCACUCAGGAGGGUCCCUGUCAACCACAGCUGGCCCAGCAGAGGAGAGAGGUGAUGGAGAGUCUGACGUUCAGAGGAGUGUUUGGUACUCUGGGCAACAAACCAGCAGCUGCUCUGGACUACUUGCCAGCUCUUCGCACCAUCUGCAGAUCAGAGCAACUGAAGGAGCAGGGCAAGGUUAAACGAAGGUUCCUGCACUACUUGGAUGCGAUCCACCUUGGUCUUGCAAAGAGCACUCUGCAGUACCUUGCUGAAGAUUUCCCCUGAACCACAGAGGAGAUCAGACGUGUCCUCAUGAUCACACAGAGUCCUGAAACAAGUACUGCUCUUUGAGUGGUCACACUUUGAAGGUCCAAAUGUUUUGGCUGAAACACAUUUACAGGUUGUGUUGUGAAGCGAGGAUGAAUAGUCAGGCAGCAGUAUAAGCAGAGGACUGUCUGGUGAAGCUUCCACUUGUUUCUUCUAGGAUGAAAUGACUGAAUCACUGAAUACAGGGAAGGUAUUCUCACCUGAAGGGCACACAGCUAAAUAACCUCAGAUGCCUGAUUCAGCACAUCCUUUGGUGCUUUCAAAGACUGCACUAAAGAUUUUUACUUUAUAUGGUUUUUGUAAUAUUAAGCUGUGCUGGAGUCUGUUUUUUUUGUACAGUAGUGUGUUGUGUGCUGAGGCCUUUGCAUUUUGCAAAGUGUUUUUAUUAAGUAGAGUAUGUAUCAUUAAUGAUUUGUAAGAGAUUAACAUGUAAAAUAGAAUUUGUAAAGGCUGUGUGUAAAUUGUCACUCUCCACACCAAGUACUGUUGAUGCACUCAGGAUCUUAUCCAAGUUAUAAACAGCAGACAGCUUUUCACAGACAGUUUGUCAGCUUCACAUCACCGUCACAUUCAACACUGAUUUUCUUUUUUUUUACUUUUUAUUUGAUCUUUUUUUCACCCACAAAGUAAUCAUUAGCAUAUCAGUUACUCACCAUGUGUCUUUUAGUUGCUGAAGAAAGCUUUGUUUUUCUUGCUUGCCUUUGCGAUGAUCGGAGAAUCCAAAGACGUAGAAAAUGAAAUGAAGUUAAAAGACUGUGUUUAACUAUAUAAAAACAUUGAUUUAAAAACCCUGAUGCAACUCCUGCAGUAUAAUCCAAGUCUUAUGCUGCAGUCAUGUGUUCCUCAGAUGGUCCUUUUCUGCGAGGUAGAAAGUCGUUCUUCCCACUUUGGUGUGUUCAUUAGCUUUUAAGUCAUAAUGUGGAAACAAUAUGUGUUGCUUUUUAUACCUCAGAGCAUUAAACGUCCAGACUUGUUGCUGUACCCGUACUCCCUAAGACCACUAAAAUCUUGCUUUAUCUUUGUUAUCUAUGGAAGCACAUUGCAUUCACUGAAUAAAUAAAAACAUCUCGUAAUUACAAGAUCUUUUCUCGUAAUUACAACAUAUCUCAAUUCGCCUCUGUAGUCUACAGGUAUAACGCUUUUAUUCUGAAAAAUGUUGACCGGAAGUACCGUCCAACGGUUUCUCGGUGGACUCACUUUAAAAUCAGCUAGCAUUAACGUUAUUACGGUAUCAGCGAAAGGCCUUAAGGUAUACGAUGUCAGGGUCUUGUAAUUACGACAUCAGGAUGUGUCGAUUUUUUAUUUUUAUUUUUAUUUUUAUUUUUUUUAUAUUCAGUGAAUGCAGUGUGCUUCCGUGGUCAGGGUUAAUGCUAACAAAAAGCUUUUUAGUUACGAAUACAACCUAAUACCAGAUUACAAGUUACAUGUGAGCAAAAAGUAAUAUGCCAUAUGUGAAUUAAUAAAAACUUUAACAUAAAUCAAAUGUUUACAUUCAUCCGCCAUGUUUACUGCAUAAUAUGACAUCAGCUUGACCAGUUGUGUACCAAAAUUUCCACCUAUCUAAGUUGUGCUGACUUUAGGGGGCGUUCAUGUGGAUUUUCCAAAUAGAGAACUAAUUUUUCCAAUUAUUCCAACACGACAAGAAUGCAGCAUUUUUCAAAACCUCACUAUUUAAACACUGAAAUAUGAACAGUCUCAUGCACUGAGGCGCUGCACCCAAGGCAAGUGUGUGCAUUUGAACGCAGCACGUGCACUUACACAAGUGCUCUGCUGGUGUGUGUUGGUUAAACAUGGUGCAGUUUUACUCCUGUUUGAAGAAUUUUCUGGUUUUGGAUUCUUCGUUCACCAUGGAGGCAUGUGAGAGAAAGUUUACUUCUCAAGCUCAACACAGGGUGAGGAAUUGAUUUACAAAUGAUCAUUUUGUUGGUGCAGUGUUCCUUUAAUAUGUACACAUUAUUCACAGUGGGGUUUUGUUGUGA